AUGUUCCAUGAUCUACGUCGACAUAUGCCAUUUCGUCAAGAAGAAGGAUGGCGAUAUCCAGAAGGGUGGGAAGAUUUCUCUUGCCCUGACCCUUCGGAGGAUGAUCGAUCAUCUCCUUCUACUUUUACUUUCACGUCGCAAGAUGAAUCAGACCUAUUUGGAGACGAUCCUGAUCAAAAUGAAAUACCACCACCGAAAUAUGAUGAUAUAUAUCGAUCCCAAGACACGUUCUCGCAUUCCCCUUUCAAGAGCUUAGCUGAAGAGGAGUUGUCGCAAAGUGCAGAUGAAAAGCCGACUCACAAUAUAGGAUUUGAUAAGUCAAACCAUCCUUCAACAACUAGUACCAUACACGCUGAAAGUAAAUCGAGCUCAAACUCAAGACCAAGACCAAGGGUAAGACGAAAUAUAUUUGGUGAUCUCCCAACAUCAUUUCCCUCAUACCCUUCUUCACCUUAUUAUCCAGCUUACAAUAGAUGGUAUAACCCUCGUCGUCAAAUCAAUAUCAAUCCAGAUACUCAUCGAGUAAGACCGUACCCCUAUCCUGUUCAACUCAUCUCUGAGACUUAUAUUCCAAAUAACCCUCAUCCCCAUUCUAGGAACAUACAAAUUACCAUCCUGGAAGAUGACGAUGAAAAAGCAAAGCAAAGAUCGACAGCCAGAUCUACCGAAUCGUAUCACCCCCCUGCAAUCGACCCAGAGGGAAUAACAAUCGAUAAUACCGAUUACUCCUACCCUCAUAUAAAUCUCAACUUACCUCCUUCUUCGCCUUCUUUGUCGUCGUCGAUGCACCUCAGUACUUCUGCUUCAUCAGCUGGUUCACCGAAAUUUGACUUCUCGCUCAGCUUGUCUAUAUCUUCUGGGAGUUCUCAGGAGAUAGCAGAGGGUCUGGAAAGGGUGUCAGACGGGCUGAAAGGUAUCAAAGAGGCUUUGAAAGGUGUAGGUGCGAGGUCAGAAGGUUAUCUGACCGUAUGA